AUGCAUGACGCAAGCAUAGUGCCACGUCUCCACCUCCGGGCACUGCGCUUGUGGCGUGGACGUGUCACAGUGCACCAAUGGUGCACUGAUGAUGUCGUUCCCGUGCUCCAAAAAGACCCCAGUUUUUCCGGCUUCUUUUUGGUUUGGAGGGAUGCCGCACAGUUUGGCUGCUGCGGCAUCCCUUCACGGGAAAACAGGCCACUGCCAGCCCGGACUUUCCCACAGAAGACAUGGCUGCUGCAGCUGGGAGGAGGAGAGGCAUGCAAUGCUCCGGAAAGGGCUCCUGCCGCUGCCUUGGCAGCAUCACUCUCCACUUGGAGCCUUUGGACCUGUACAAUAAUGGAGGGAACGAAACAAGCAAGAAUUUCUCGCCCGCAUAAGAUAAGUGAAUCCUCAAAGGUGUACAAAUGUGCUGAUCACUCUAGUCUGGUUCUGCGGAGCUUGAACGAACAAAGGCAUUGUGGCCUAUUUUGCGACAUUGUCCUGGUUGUGGAUGAGCAAAGAGUCCCUGCCCAUCGGAACAUUUUAGCUGUCUGCAGUGACUAUUUCAACUCCAUGUUCACCAUUGGCAUGAGGGAGGCCUACCAGAAAGAAGUUGAGCUCUUUGGAUCCUCCUACAGUGGCCUCAAAGCCAUAGUGGACUUCCUUUAUGGGUGUGACCUGUCCCUUGAUGGUGGAAAUAUUGACUACAUUUUGGAGACAGCCCACUUGUUGCAGAUCUGGAAGGUGGUUGACUUCUGUUGUGACUACCUGGAGAAUGAAGUCAACGAGGAGAACUACUUGUACCUCCAAGAGCUGGCCUCUAUCUAUAACCUCAAGCGCUUGGAUGCGUACAUUGACUCCUUUAUCUUGAGGAACUUUGGCACGCUGUCCUUCACGCCGGAUUUCUUGCAGAGUGUUUCCCUCCAGAAGCUGUGCCAAUACCUUAGUAGUAGCGAUGUCCAGCAAGAAUGCGAGCAUGACUUGCUCCAGGCUGCGCUGCAGUGGCUGACGCAAUAUCCGGAACGGGAAAGCGAGGCCUUCCGGGUCUUAGAAAAUAUCCACUUCCCCUUGAUACCAAAGAACGACCUUCUGCAUCGGGUCAAGCCUGCCAUCUGCUCCCUCCUCCCGAAGGAAACCAACUGCGAAGGCUUUGUCGAAGAGGCGGUCAGCUAUCACAACAACGUCACAGCUCAACCGGUCCUUCAAAACAAGCGGACUGUCCUCCGUACGUACGAAGAGAAGCUCCUCUUCGUCGGUGGGGAGGUAUCGGAGCAUUGCUUGGAGCUAAGCGAUGACACCUGUUUUCUGGAGGCCAAGACGGGGCAAUGGGUGAGAGAGACGCCUCUCCCAGCAAGGAGGAGCCACCAUUGUGUUGCAGUCCUUGGAGGGUUCAUCUUCAUCGCCGGAGGCAGUUUUUCACGAGACAAUGGGGGGGACGCGGCAUCCAAUCUUCUAUAUAGGUAUGACCCUCGGUGUAACCAGUGGAUCAAGCUUGCUUCCAUGAGGCAGCGUCGUGUGGAUUUCUAUCUAGCGGCCAUUGAGACAAUGCUGGUGGCUGUUGGCGGAAGGAACGAAAAUGGGGCACUUUCGUCGGUCGAAAUCUACAGUCCCGAAAAAGAUGCAUGGUCCUUCGUUGCAGGCUUACCCAGGUUUACCUAUGGCCACGCCGGUGCUGUCCACAACGAAUUUGUCUAUAUCUCCGGAGGCCACGAUUACCAGAUUGGUCCCUAUCGCAAAAAUCUGCUCUGCUACGAUCACCGUACAGACGUCUGGGAAGAGAAGCGGCCGAUGAUCACCGCUCGCGGCUGGCACAGCAUGUGCACCCUGGACGACAGCAUCUACUCCAUCGGUGGUAGCGACGACUACCUCGAAACCAUGACCCGCUUUGACAUUUUGGGCGUGGAGUCCUACAGUCCUCAGUGUAACCAGUGGACGAGAGUGUCCCCUUUGCUGCAAGCCAACAGCGAAUCCGGAGUGGCCGCGUGGGAAGGCAAAAUCUACAUCCUUGGGGGCUACAGCUGGGAGGACACGGUCUUCUCCAGAACCGUCCAGGUGUACGACAAAGAGAAGAACAAGUGGCACAAAGGGGCAGACCUACCCAAAGCCAUCGCCGGGGUUUCGGCUUGCGUGUGCGCCUUAAAGCCCAGAUCCGAGGACAGGAAGAAAAGGUCGAAACCAAAACGGCAUCAGGAUCAGGGAAGGUGACAAACUGGGUACAACCUCAACCUUGGAAAAACCGAGUAUGCAUAACAAAUGUCGUCAUUGACAUCAUAUUGACAUCAUACCUUCUUCUUGGAGAACAGUUUUGGAAACGUCAAUAAAGCUAUUUUUCCCACCAUUUGGGCACGGGAAUUUCCACCUGAUCACUUUUCCCCAACUUCUCUGAUCAAGGGAGAGGUAUUUGGAUGUUACCCGUAUCCGCAUACAGCCUCCAGAUGUGAUUGCUUUGGUUGUUUCCAUCGUUGCUGUUAUAGGACAAAGCCUGUUAGGAGAAAUCGUGAAACAUCAGCACAAAAGGUGGCUGCAGAAGAUAAAGACAACUUGUAUUGAAGGCAAAGGAAUAAACUGAGAGAGUAGAAAGAGGGAAGUUAUGCUCAAACCUGCAAUGGGAUUAAAUUUAAGCUGGUCCUCAUUUUAAGUUACUAUGGAAUUUAUCACACUGGGGCUAAUUUCAGCACUAAAGAGAGAUUAAAGUGCAUUUAAUGCAUCCUGCAAAUAAAGCGAAAGCGGUGAGUAAUUACUAAGGGGUUUAUCACACUGGGGCUAAUUUCAGAUAUUAGAAAGAUAUUAAAGUGCUUUUGCAUCCUGCAAAUGAGGCGGAAAUGGCGAGUUAUUGCACGAAUGAUUAUCAGAUGCAAUUGCGCAAAUAAAGUGAUAUCGGGAACGCAUUGUUGCUGAAAUCCCAAAACUAAAAAGAUGUGCGUUAAUGCUUCUUUGUGGCCGCUUUAAUGGCGGGUUUUGUGCGACGUCGUGUGGAAUCGUUGCGCGUAAUUAUGUGAUUUUCUCCUUCGUGUGAUAAACCCCAAAGUCUGUUACCUAGAACUAGGGGCCUUAAGUCUUAGUUGUUCCUUUUUGACCACCGACAUCCUCUUCCACUAUUUUGGAGACCUUGUUCCUUUUUUCAACCCACAUUCCCUGCUUGUGACUAUUGGAUAUUACCUCCUACUUCAUCUUUACCAUGACUUUAAAUGGCAUUUUGAUGGGAGUCUAAAUUGCAAGGUGUGGACCUUUGCCUCCAGACAAAAGUGUCGAUGUGUGUGUGUGUUUUUAACAAGUUUUCGAAAGGUUUUGUACCAUUUUUAUGACCUAUUUUUGCUAAUACUUAGAGCUCGAAACUUGUCUUUUACAGUGUAUUAUUUACUCUUUCAUGUCUCUAUGGCUGCGUAAUGAUAGUCCAGCCCUUUCCAUCUAAGGGUUUGGUAAGGGCUGUGUGUUCGUUCUCCAACCUGUUUGUGUAGCUUUGUUGUGAAAUCUUUAUGCUCCUUUAACAUUGCCACACUCCACAAUUAACGCAGUUUGAUGCCUCUUUUAACCGCCCUGGCGCUGUCUAUUGAAAUCUUGGGAUUUGUAGUUUGUUGUGGCAAACUAUAAUUCCCAGGAAUCCAGAGCUUUGAGCCAUGGUUGUUAAAGCGGUGUCCAACCGCAUUAAUUCUGCAGCCGUUA